AGCACUAUUGCCACCUCCUGGAUUAGUUCAAAUGGAGUCAGUCGGGAUCUAAAAAAGUGGGGGAGUCGGAGAGGGCUGCUAUAACUAUAUGCCAAUAGGUAUAUCAUAUAUAUUUAAUGUUAUAUUUAAUAAAUAAAAAAAAAUUAAUUCCGAAAAACUAAAAUGGUGUCAAUUGUUCAUUAUUUUCCAUUCGAUGAGUGAAUUUUUUUGUUAAAAUAAUUUUACUAAAUUAAUAACUUUAACUUAAUUAUGAAAAUUCGACUUAAAUAAUGAAAAAGUUUUUUAGAGUAUGUGUGUUAUGUUGAAAGUUGAAGUUCUGAAAUAAAUUUUAUUUGAUAUUUUCAAAAAUUUAAUUUUAUCAUAUUGAAUAAAUUGUCGCUUCUGCCUGUGGUUCCUCAUAACAAGAUUUCGAAUUUAUUUUUUAUUUAAGUAAAUAUUUAAUUGAAUAAAAUAAAAUUGAAUUGAUAAUAUAAUUAAAAAAAAAAAAUUAAAUAUGGAUCACGAACGAAGACAAAAUGAGCAAGUUAUUGUCGGUAAAGACAAAGUUGAAACAAUUUCAGACAAUUCACUGCCUGACAUUGCAAAUAUGAAUAUAAAAUCACGGCUAAAUAAUAAAACCGAAGAUUUAACUGAAGAACCAUUAACUAAUGGAUUACACAAUGGUAUUUGUAAUUCUCAAAAAAAAAAUUCUGUAGACCACAAUCAAUUACCUGAAACACAAACGAUGGAAACUAGUCAUUUACAUAAAUUGGGUGGAGAAGAGGUAGCAUGUGUAGAUAGUAAAGAUAAUGACGUAGAGUACGUGAGUUAUACAAAUGAACUUCAAAUGCCAGAUAUCAUGAAGUUAAUUCAAAAAGAUCUAAGUGAGCCAUAUUCUAUUUAUACCUAUAGAUAUUUUAUUCAUAAUUGGCCGAAACUGUGCUUUUUGGCAAUGCAUGGCAAAGAAUGUGUAGGCGCAAUUGUCUGUAAACUUGAUAUCCAUCGAAAAAUUAUAAAACGUGGUUACAUCGCAAUGUUAGCAGUAGAUAUAAAAUAUAGGAAACGUAAAAUAGGCUCAAAUUUAGUGAGAAAAGCCAUUCGGGCGAUGGUCGAAGAUGAUGCUGAUGAAAUAGUACUGGAAACGGAAAUAACUAAUCGACCAGCAUUACGACUGUAUGAAAAUCUUGGAUUUGUAAGGGAUAAAAGAUUAUUUCGUUAUUAUCUAAAUGGUGUUGAUGCAUUAAGACUCAAACUUUGGCUUAGAUGAAAUUUAUUUGCAUAUUCGUGUGAAUAGAAAAUUAAUACGAAUAUUAAAAUGAUUAGUUUAUAACAAUAAUUAUUGUCAUUGUUAUUCUUACAUAAUAUUAAGAUUUAAUUCAUCAAGACUAUAUUAAUAUAAACAUCAAAUUAUUUUCAUGAAUUUAACUAUUAAAUUUAUUUUACUUAAAAUAUAUCAGCUAUUUUUAUUAGCUUUCGUGAUUU